UGUGAAUGACGUAAUUAGCGUAAAACAAGAUGGCGUCGCCUUGGCUGUAAAUCGAUGUAAAAGUGUUUAUCGGAGUAAAAGUCAGCCUCUUUUGGCGGUUUAUUGUUGUGUUACGACUACUUCGAUACGGAACAAAUAUAUCUAGCCGGUAGCUGAGCUGUAGGCAGGGCCCCUUCAGAGGAGGCGGUGGUUUGUGAGUGUCGUGUCCGGCAACCCCCGGCGGGAGAGUGCCGGAGAGCUGCUGCUGUCAGGAUGGACACCGGAGAGUUCAUCUCCACCGUGGAGAACAUGGACCCGAGCUUAACGGAAUUAGGGGACGAAUUCACUUUAGGAGACAUUGACGAGAUGCUGCAGUUCGUCAGCAACCAGGUGGGAGACUUCCCAGACCUGUUUGAGGACCACAUGACCCAAGCGGGCUCCCUGCAGAGCAGCGGCGCCGGCUCCGCCCCUCAAGCAGCCGCUCAGACCCAUCAGACUCCACCUGCAGCCGUCUAUCAGAGUCCUAACCCGAGCCUGGCUUCCUCCCAGUCUCUCUCUCCUCAGUGUGUACCCCCCACACCUCCUCUCACUCCUGCACAGUCUCCCCCCACCAUCCCAGCCGCCACAGUACAGCAGCACCAGGUGACGCGCAGUCCUCCGCUGCUGCAGCCGCGGCCUCCGGCUGUCCAACCCAUCCAGCCUCAGCCACAGCCGACGGCCCAACCAACAAUCCAGGUGCACACUCAGGGCGUUCCUGUGCAGACUCACAGUUUCCCGGUCCACACCCUGGUUCAGACCCACAGCCAGACCCCCCUCCCCAUCCAGACGCAGGCUCCACAAACCGUCAUGAUUGCCUCUAAUGCCGGACAGUCCCGUUUUAUCCAGAACUCCGUCAUUUGCCAUCAGAGCCCAGGUCAUAGUUUCCAAGUCUUGCAGCCACAAAUGCAGAGCAUCAUGACGUCUCCCCAGCUGCAGCCAGUAACCAUUCAGCAUCAGCGCGUUCUGACGCCCACUGGUCAGACCAUCCAGACUCUCUCCACAGCGCCCACCACAGUGCACACCAUGCAACAGCAGGUGCAACAAGUGCAGCAGGUGCCGGUUCUGGUCCAACAACCUCAGAUUUUGAAGACGGACUCUCUGGUUCUCACAACCCUCAAACCAGAUGGAACACAGGUGUUGUCCACCAUGCAGAACCCUGCAGGCAUCACCACCCUUACCACGCCCAUCCAGAACACCGCUCUCCAGGUCCCGACUUUGAUGGGAAGCAACAUUCUGACCACCGUCCCGGUUAUGAUGGGAGGAGGAGACAAGCUGCCAAUCAAACAGCUACAGGCAGCCUCCCCCAACGCUCCCGCCGGAGUCAGACCGAGCAUGGAACAGAACCAAGGGAUGGUAGGAGGCAUGGGGCCUGGAGUGGUGGUUAAGGAGGGUGAGAGGAGGACAACUCAUAACAUCAUCGAGAAGAGAUACAGAUCCUCAAUCAACGAUAAGAUCGUGGAGCUCCGGGACCUGGUGAUGGGCAGUGAUGCAAAGAUGCACAAGUCCGGAGUGCUCAGGAAGGCCAUUGAUUACAUAAAGUACCUGCAACAAGUCAACCACAAGCUCCGGCAGGAGAACCUGGCUCUGAAAGUGGCGAACCAGAAGAACAAGCCCGUGACACUUCCUGAAGACGUGGAAAUGAAGCAGGAAGUUGUGAUGAUGUCACCUCCAGCCUCAGAUUCUGGUUCCGGUUCACCCCAUCAGUACUCUCCUUACUGUGUGGACUCUGAGCCAGGCAGCCCCUUGCUGGAUCAUGAUCAGGUGAAGAGCGAGCCGGAUUCUCCCUCAUCAGUUGGAGUGAUGGAUCGCUCUCGGCUGCUUCUCUGUGCUCUGACGUUCUUCUGCCUGUCGCUCAACCCUCUGCCCUCACUGCUGGGCUCAGAGUCCUCCGGGACAUCCGGCCCUCCUGCAGGCCAUGGCCCAUCAAGGACCCUUGUCUGGUUCCCAGCUCACACGCAGGACUUUGCGUCAUGGCUGCGGUGUCUUGUGCCGUGGGUGAUUGUGUGGGUGUUGAGUGGCGUGGGGGCAGUGUGGGGGUGUGUAAGGGUGCUGUACCUGUGGGAGCCUGUGACACCCCUUCACUCGCCCAAUUCUGUGUCCUUCUGGAGGCACCGCAAGCAGGCAGACGUGCACCUGCACAGGGGGGAUUUUUCAGCAGCAAUGGCCAGUUUAGAAACCUGCCUGUCCGUCUUGACCAGAGCUCUCCCCUCCUGCGGUCUGGACUUGCUCUGUUCUCUUUCCUGGAACCUGAUUCGCUACUUAUUGCAUCGUCCGACUCCUCUCGGCUGGUUGGUGCACCAAAUUGGAGGAAAGCACGAAGGGGAGGAGUCCAGGACAAGCGCAAAAGACGCGGCGCUGGUUUACCACCGGCUGAGUCAGCUGCAGCUCACAGGAAAGCUGCCUCAGCGCAGCAGCCUGUGGGCUCUGUCGGUCUCUCUGAGUGCUGUCAACCUCAGCGAGAGCGCUCAGGGAAAGAUGGCGCCGGCUCAGCUCGCUCAGAUUUACGUCACCGCAGCCAUCGCCCUGCGCACUGUCCUGGGCCACCAUCUCUCUUGUCUGCCUGGUUACCUUUUGAGUUGUGCAGAGAGCGUGGCAAACCAGUCGGACACUAAGCCGGUACCAGACUGCCUGCGCUGGCUCUUCACUCCGCUGGGGAGGCAGUUCUUCCUGAGCUGCGAAUGGUCGGUGAAGUCAGAGACCAGUGACAGCGUUUACGCCUCUCAGAGGGAUCCAGUUGAUCCCAUCGCCCAGCUGCACCGCUGUUUCUGCCGGAAGCUUUUGGAGAGAGCAGUUCACACGCUAAUCCAGCCACAGAGCGAUUCCGACACUAACUGUCGCAACUCUGACUUUGGAGAGUUUUCCAGCGCGCUGGAGUUCCUCGAGUUGUUGAACAGCUGCACGGAGGACUCCUCUUCAGCUCCUCCCCCUUUCUCAAGCUCACCUAACCAAACCGCCAUGCCAGUGGGAGACCCGGUGUGCCGUUGGUGGGCUCUGGUGCUGAAGGCGGCCGUCCACUGGCUGCAGGGCGACGAUGUUGCUGUGAAGUCACUUCUGACCGAAGCGGAGCGAAUGCCGAGAGCUCUGCACGUCCUCGACCACCCCCUGCCCAAAGCCGUGCUGCUUCUUUGUAAGGUGGUUCAGAUGAGCCUGUGCUCUCUGAAGGGAGAAGGCCUGAUCGCCUGCCUGGCUCACUGCGACCGAGCCAGCGGGUACCUGCGCUCCAGUGUCUCUGUGCCGCUCGGCCUGUCUGGAAGCUGGCUGAACAAGGGGGUGGAGCUCCUGGUCUGUGAUCUCCUGUUGACCUUAAGGACCAGUUUAUGGCAGCGAGCCGGCAGCAGUAACGGCGAACCUGGUCCAGCGCCUGGAACACAGCUGUCUGGUUUUCAAAGAGACCUGAGCGCACUCCGAAAGCUCACGCAGUGCUACAGGCAAGCGCAGCACAAGCUUUUCCUUCAUGAAACCACCGUGCGGCUGAUGGCGGGAGCCAGCCCAACGAGAACCCAUCAGCUGCUGGAGCACAACCUGCGCCGCAGGACCCACAGCUCAUACUCAGCCGAGGGUGAGUGCAUUCUAGGUGAAAGGGAGAGAGCCCACGCCAUUCUGCUCGCCUGCCGUCACCUCCCCAUGCCCCUGCUGACCCCACCAGGACACAGAGCGCGCCUGCUGGCCGAGGCCAAGCGGACUCUGGAGCGCGUGGGAGACCGCCGGUCCCUGCAGGACUGUCAACAGAUCCUGCUGCGCCUCAGCGGGGGCACCACCAUCGCUGCUUCCUAAACACAUUUUGAGUUUUUCCUGUACAUAAACCCGCUUUCCUCAACUACUUAAAAGUUGCAGUGCUGCAGCACCCCACCUUCUGGCCAUUAGUGGUACUUUGAGCCUCUUUAGCAUUGAGGGAGCCCGCUCUUCCCCCUUCCAAUUCAGAUCAGAUCAAAACCGUUUCAGUUCUAUGUUAAAUUCAAUCAAUCUUGGGACAAACAAGCAAACGGGUCCAAGAAACAGUGAUAUGAGAAAAGGGAACAUUAUCUAAAAGCUGCUCACUACUGAGCUGCAGGACACAAAAACGGACAAUCAGAGUCGGACAGAAGCUCAGAGCGUGCUGCUGUAACAGCUUUAGUUUGAGACUUUGAAGGGUUUUGCAGUUUUCUAGAGGAGACGGCAAACGUCUGAGUUUGGCUGUCCUACAGGAUGCAAACAGGAAAGCUUACUAGCUGUGCAGUGCAGGGUAGUGUGUCUUUGUAUCUACCUCAAACACUGUAAAAUACCAGUGUUGUACUUCGACGCAAAUGUCCUUUGUUACCCUCGGUUGCAGCUAAAUUCCCAUUUGUUGUUAGGACCGCUGGCCUGCCUCCCCCUGCUGGAGACAUGCAGCAGCUUUAAGAAUUUGGCUCGCAGCUGCAGAAGCUGCAAUCACGAUGAAGGCCCACUGAUGAAGGCUCCAGGGAAACCUUUGGACUUGACAAACAUUUACAUAAGGGAGGGAAGCGCCCAUGCAAAGGCCUGUUUGCACACAGGCACACAAAUGCGUAUGCGCAUUACUUUUGAUGUCGUUAUGCUUGUAUAUACAUGUACAAAGGCAGAUACGCGGUUCUAGAUGUAACAGGAAGUUUUUCUGCUUCUGCUUGACACUCGUCUGUGCUUGGGAGGCUUCAGGUUGAAUUCCUCCAAACUUUUUCCUCAGACGUUCACGUAAGGUUGCCUUCCAGCAGCAGCCGUGGUCGUUUACCAGCUGACUCCAUCCAGCUGUUCAGCUUCAUACGUUGAGUGUUUGGAAGGAUGUUUGGAAACAUGAAAACAAAAACGGAUGAAUCAAAUUUUCCAAAAGGAGGUUCCUGCCUUGGAAGACUCUGAAGCAAAAUGACCUUGAUGUUCUGUAUUCAUUCAUGUUCUAAGCCGCUUUGUUCCUUUUGGGGUCACGGGGCUGCUGCUGCCUAUCCCGGCCACUGGAGGGUGAAGGCAGGGGACACCCUGGACAGGUUGCCAGUCUGUCGCAGGGCCACAAAUCACACCGGUCUGAUCUGACAGAGUUUGUCUUUUCAGAUCUCUGUCCUGUUUUCUUUUAUUUGUAAUUGUUGACGUGUAUGUGCCGCAGCACUUUGGUUGUUAUUUUUCUUUGCUCAGAGUAAUGUAUUUAAAGGUAUUGGUAAUGUUUUUGUGGGGCGGUUUUGUUAAAGGUGGGCUUUUCUUUUUCUUUUUUUUUUGAAGAAAUCAUCUUUAGGAUCAGAGGGGCAUCUCAAAAAAGCUCUUUUUUUGUUUGUACAUAACAAUUCUUCAUCUAAAAUGUAAGCUUUGUCUGCAGAACUCACUCCUAUAGUUAAUAAUAAAUAAUGUUUGGAGAUUUUAGGAUCUAUGGGUAUACGGGCUGGAAAUGUCAGGAAUCAGUUUUCACGUCAAACUACAGUCAAAGGAACAUAGAAAGGUUUAAUCCGUUUGCAUUCAAACUCUCUGACCGGUCAAGCGUCGGUCGUCAGCCUUUAACCAGUGCUUUUUUUUUUUUUUUGGUUUUCUUUGAAAUUGUUACUUUAUUUUUGUCUUUUGCCCUAUCAAAUGUAUGUCUUUCUUUUAAAGUUUUAUAAUAAAAUGUCACAACA